AUGGCACAGUGCGUGACGCUUCUGCUCGUGGUGAUCCUGGUCGCUGGUCCGGCCAUGCUGCCCGUUUGUCUAAUGCCCCUUUCUUGGAAACAGCUCGGACAAGAUGUGAUCGGAGCGUACUUGCGGUGUCGGAAUGAGUUCGAUAUCGAGGCGACGGUAUUCGAUGCGGUCCGGGCCGGUGACUUCUCCGUUCGCAGCCCGCUGGUUGAGUGUUUUGGCGAGUGUUUGGUGAAGCGGGCCGGCUUCAUGAACGACGAUUUCACCUUCAACCGGGACACGAUCAUGCGCUUCACCAAUCGGUUCGUCUCGAAGGAAAGCUCGGAGGAGGUGUUUAACCGAUGUACGGGCAACGUGGUGCCGACGGUCUGUUCCACCGCGUUCGAAGUGUACCAGUGUAUCUACGAGCACGUCAACCAGAAGUGGAACGAAGGCAAGUAA